AUGUAGUCGUACGGUGUCUGGCAGCCAUUCAGAAAAGACUUGCCUCUUCAGAAAACGUAUUUACAAGUUAGCGGACUUCCUGGGCGUCAAACGUUAUCUGUCAGUUGAAACUGUUGCAUCUACAGCAUCACACGCUCGCCUCAGGUGUUUGUUUUUACCGAGGUUGAUUGAAAGCCACUUCUCUGAGUCAGAGAUGGAGAAACUAGAGACCUCAGAGCUUCAGUCCAGACUGUCAUCCCUGUCCGUCUCGUCUUUCCCUGGUGUAACCUCAAAACACUGUGAAGCUAACCCUUUAAACAGACUUCAGAGCACAGACCUUUCCCGGACAGUAAUCCAACCGGACAGCCAAGCUAACAUGGAUGGUAACAGCGAAUCCGCUCCGUCUCCGGAGGAGCCCAGCGCAUCUCUGGGGACGACAGAAGCGGGCGACUCGCAGGAGAGCAGUACUUCACACCCCGGGGAGAAAAAAGCUCUUCCUCCGAUGAAAGCAGCGUCCACGUGGACCUCCGCGGCUCUGAAGGAGCUGAAGACCAAGCUGCGUCAGGAGAAGGACUGCGUGGUGACGGUGUACCGCGGCGACACGAUGAGCGUCCACGUGCCCACCGUCCCCGAGGCCAAGCACGUGUGCUGGGAGUUCGCCACCGAUGGCUACGACAUCGGUUUUGGGGUUUACUUCGACUGGUCACCGGUCACCAGCCGGGCCAUUACGGUCCACAUUAGCGAAUCCAGUGACGAUGAGGAUGAAGACGAUGACCUGGAAGUCCCCCCGGUUCCUGGAGAUGUUGAGAAGGGCUCUAAAUCAGUUGCCAACUCGAACUUGGGCGAGAUCCUGCCCGUGUACCGUCAGGACAGUCAUCUGGCGGUUCAGAGCGGGAGCCACGAGUUUCCAGGAGAAGGGACGUACCAGCUGAAGUUCGACAACUCGUACUCGCUGUGGAGGAACAAGACUCUGUACUACAGAGUGUACUACAGUGCCUGAGAAUCAAGGGCAUAUUUAAACCGAAGGUUUCAGUGAUACUGGUUUUGAUCCGAUGUAUUAAAUCACUGUAUAAUUCUUGCUUUUGUUGAUCUGUGCUUUUCAUUUUAUCCAAGCCCUCUCAUAGAUCAAAAAAAAGACAUGUAUUCAAAAUGAUUGGGGAUCAUGAGGCUCAUGAUACGUGCAAUGUGUUUUAUGUGGCUUUAGAUGUUGUGUGCAAGAUGUUAUGUUUCAUAUAAAUGCUCCAUGUUUCCUAAGUGUGUUGUCUGACACCACAAGCGAACUGUGGCAUCGUAUAUCAGGGACUACGGAGUAAUCAGGGAACAGAUAUGGGUGGUGAAGCGGGUCGACACAAUUCAAAGCAAGGAAUCAAUGUCCGUGAUGUGGCAGACGCCACUGUUGAUUCAGGGAAUGAUAUAGGAGUGUUUUCUGUUUGUUUGGUUGUUGUUUUAAUGCAUUGAGCAGCGCAUGGAAUGGCCUCUGAGGUCCCACACACACUAUUUCUAACAUACUGGGUUUGUUUUCUCCGCCAUAAGACACUGGAAGCCACAGCUAGUUUAGAUAUGUUUUUAUGGCAGUCGUAUAACAGUACUGAGAUGACUGUCACUUCAGUCACCUGGGUUACUACUCGUGGGAAUUGUCAAAGCUAGCUUGUUUACAACGUUAAACCAUUUCCUGCCACAAAGGCUCAUUUGUCACAUAACUGAUUCAAUAUUUGCUUGUCCCAGGCUCUUGUUUGGCAUGAUUUAGGGGUGUUUGGCAUCAGUAUAAGACAUAAUGCUGAAGGCCAGUUGAAGAGGUUUUAUUUCCAUUUAUGUUCUUGGCUGAUGCAUCUUGACCAGAAUGACUUCUAGCGAAGGUUUUAUGAUUUGUUUUGCUUGUAAGACGUGCAAUAUGCCACACUAAGUGCUGCCAGCAGGGGUUUUAGUAUAGUAUUUUGUUUCCUUCAGAUAACUCUUCUUGAUUAUAUGAAAACCAAAUCAUGCUGUGAAUGUGCACCGUAUGAGUUUCUUUCUGUACCUCAAUUAUUUGCAUGUCUGGAGAGACGGUUGCAUUGUGCUGCUGAGGUACACCGUUCUGCCCAUGUGUGUUUCUGCUUGUCCUCCUCCUCUGUGUCUUGUUUGUAUAUGCAUAGGAUAUGUGUUUGUCAUCCCUGGUUUGCGUUUGUUUCAUUUCUGUUUGUUUUCCACAAUAAACAUUAAGAGUGAAAUCGG